GUUCUAUGUCGAUGAAAACAAACAAGAAAAUUUAGGGUGUAUCAUGAUCAUAAUUUAGCCCUAGAAGUAGAAGGUCAAGGUGAGGAGCUGAGUUGUAGAAUCGGCUAAUCCAGUCGCUGACAGACGCAAAGAAGCUGAUCUUCCACAGAGAAUUACGUGGAAAACCUUCUGUUAGCACGUCUUCGGAUCCUGUGCGUGAGUACCGACGCAAGCUGCCGCCGAAGUGGAAGUGGACCGACGCUGAAGUUCGGAUGGUUGAUUAUGAACAGCGAUUUUCCGCUUUGUGUAAUUAUCACAACUUGAUAGAUGUAGAUCUAGAUGUACUAUUGAAAUUGAUGUGACUUCCGCUCGCGCUCCUGCUCCGGUUCAAGCUCCUUAAUAGAUCAUGUUGAGUUUCUCAUACAAUUACAAAGAACAUAGGAUCCGAUCACAACAUCAUGGGACACUCACAUGACAUUCUGCAUGACCUAGAUGAAGUAGCGCUGCUAGUGCUACAAGCGACGCUGCUGCACUACAGUGCAUUGGCAUAGUAUCUCCACUUCGAUCUUUUCAUACCCACACUUUCUGGAACAACUGCUUGCCGGGUCCUGUGUCGGAGUCGGCGUGCUGCUUUGGUCUCCUUUCCAAGUUUAACCAUUCGUGUAACCCGAAUGCUAUGUUUCUUUGGCGGCACAGCGAAGGACGAAGCGGGACAUCAAACUCAAGCUCUGGGAAGGGGAUGCCAACAUCAUCUUGUGUGGCCAGCACUUUUGAUGAUCUCCUCCAUGACGAAUCCAAAGCCUCGCGAGGAGGUCAGACAACGAGCACAGCUGCAGAGCCGAGAAUGAUUAAGCAAGACUACGUGGAGCAGCUGGUGCCUCCUCUAGGGGAGAUCGUAAGCAUCCGACCGAUCAGGGAUGGCGAUGAAGUUUGUAUCUGCUACGUAAAUUACACGAUUUCGUUUGAGGAACGUCAAGCUGAGCUUCUCGAUGGAUGGGGAUUUCUUUGCGAUUGCGAAUUCUGUUGCGCCACCAGAUCUCCACUAGCUCCACUCACAGAUCAAGCCCGAUGGCAGAUGCAAGAGAAGAGAAAAAGACUCGCCGAAAUGUGGGAGGAUCUCGUCUUUAAUGAGUCCGUAAUUAAUAUAUCAGAAAGACAUCCAGGCUCAGUUCGAACGCCAAAAGUGGAGAUCAAAGGCGAAGGGAACGUGCGAAAUGCAGCACACGCGGAGGAAACGGAAAGCAAUCCAGCAGGAGCCAGAAACAAGAUUUCAGAGGAGGACGAGGCUGCCGAUUCUGUCGGCAGAGGUCCUGCUGGAGCCAUGGCUUGCCGAACGCAGGAAGGCGUGGAUCUGGAUGCGGAAAAAGAUGGUCGUGAAGAAACCGGAACACUUUCACAGUCACGGGAGUCGGAUCUUGUAGAUAGAGGACGAUCAUUACAUGCAAGAUCAUAUUCUUAUUCAUGGCAGAACGAAUUUGUAGAAUGUCUUUCUUGUCUUAUCCAACUGCAUGAGGAACACCCUCACCUGCUAUUCCUAGACCCCUACCGACAUCAAAAGUAUCUGAACCUUGGUGUUGAACUCACGUAUUCUCAGCCUCUGCCAUUCCAGAUGAAUACGACGUCCACCAUGAAGACACUACUCAAGCAGCUUGAAGCUAUCUUGCUCGAACAUACCCGCUGCCCAGCGGAGACCUCUGCAUCUAGGUCUAGCUGUCAUCUCGAAAAUUUCUCCACCGAAAGCAUAGAAAGCGAUUAUUUUCAAGAAUAUAGUGC